AUCUGCUCUGUGGGCUGCUGGUCAAAUCAGGGAGCCGAGGAGUCGCGAACUACGAAUCUCUGCCGCUGGAUGUCCAGGAGAGCCAAGACACCACAAAGUACCAGACAGUUUCCUCUGCCUUCUCUCAGUGGCUGAUGGUAUAAAUCUGAAAAACAGGAAAAAGGCUCGUAUCUCACAGGAACCAUUUAAGCUUCUCACAUCGGCUGAUACAUCAUGGCUAUAGUCCUCCACUCCAGCCCCCUCCUAUGGACACGGUUGGCAGCCCUGAUCUUCACCUGCGUGGCCUUCUCCUUGGCCGUGCAUGGAGGCCGACUCUACCACGGCACCGGAGACUGGUGCAUCUUCUGCUGGGCUUUCAGUUUCGCCGGGACUCUACUCGUCCUCCUGGUGGAGCUCUUCGGCCUCCAGACCAGAGCUCCUGUUUCCUGGAAGAACUUCCCCAUCACCUUCGCCUGUUACGCCGCCCUGCUCUGCCUGUCCGCCUCCAUCAUCUUCCCCCUCUACUUCCUCAAGGGCUCCACGGGCCAAGGUGAGACCGGCACCUACCGCAUCGUGUCCACCGUCUUCUCCUGCCUGGCCACCAUCGCCUACAUAACCGAGGUGAGCAUCAGCAAGGCGCGUCCAGGCGAGGUGGCCGGCUACAUGGCCACGGCCCCAGGCCUGCUGAAAGUCUGCGAGACCUUCGUGGCCUGCAUCAUCUUCGUGUUCAUCAGUGACCCCGUGGUGUACGACCGAAACGCUGCGCUCAAGUACUGCAUGUCCGUCUACUGCAUCUGCUUCAUCCUGUCGGCGGCCGUCAUCCUGCUCUGCAUCGGCGAGUGCACCGGAUGCCUUCCCUUCCCGUUCGUACGCUUCCUGUCCGCCUAUGCCCUGCUGGCCGUGGUCCUCUACCUGUCAGCAGCCAUCGUCUGGCCCAUCUUCAACUUUGAUCCCAAGAAUGGCGGGUCAAAAGAUAGGCCCCACCACUGCAACUCCGAUCUGGGGCUGUGUAGCUGGGAUAAGCUCAUGGCGGUGGCUGUGCUCACGGCCGUCAACUUCCUCCUCUACCUGGCCGACCUUAUCUACUCCGGCCGCCUGGUGUUUGUCAGCGCUUGAGGGAAGAGAAAGGGUGUCAGGCCGGCAGUAUGCUUCAAAUAAAAUUGAAUUUGGCUGGUUCUCAAAGGCUGUUGAACUGCUGUCAAACACAGAGGUGCGAGCAAAUGCUAGUGUAAUCACUGCAACUCCGGUCUUGUUUAAUGGCAUCCACAUGAAGGAGCUUAUGGGACAUGAUGGGAGCAAACUGUGGAGUUAGACCACAACGGGUAUAGUUUAUAGUAUAGUUAUCUAGUGUGACUCCAUUUUGAAAUUUGGAUAUUUAAGGAUUCUGUACAAGUGGCCAAAAAGUACUUGAGUAAUGGUAGACCCAGGAUGUACUGAAGAUAAUGUAAUGGGUGCAGUGAUCAAAUCAAAAUUUUGUGGGUUCUUUUGUCCCCAGACUCACAGUAUUUGCCUCUGCAAACCCGCCAAAUUUGAUUUUGCGUGAAGUGUACUGCUUAGGAGAGAGAGAAGAGGGAGAGGUGUCAAUGGCUAUGUUUACACGUACAACAAUAUUCCCUUUUAAAUUACUGAGGCUCUCUGUUCAUUUGUUGGAGCAUGUAAAUGUCAACCCUUGCUUCCAGUGAACUGGAUAGACUCUAAUCUUGAUGAUGAGGGACCUGAAUGUGAUUGCUGGAUCUUUUUUAUUUUUAUUAAAGGCAGAAUGUACCCAUUGUACAAUACAAAAAUACAAGAUGUUUAGGAUCUGGAUAUGAGUAAGCUAUUUAAAGAAUCUCCAAGACAAGACUGUUAACAAGGAUACAAGCUAACAUCCAAAAUACUAUGUGCAUGUAAACAUAGUCUGUAAUGACAAAUGAAGAAAAAAUGAAGAAAAAGGCGGCUGAUUUUUGUUACAUUUUUUUUUUUUUUUGCAUAAUAUAUGUUAGUUCGAUGCUUUAGGUUUGUGUUCAAUUUUGUUGUCAGUUAUAAAAAAGACUGCCUAUCAGUAUUUCUGUUUUUUAAUUGCCAGAGGAAAAGAUAAAGAAGCUAAGAUAAGUAAACUGUUGGAGAGAACAAAAGGAAAUCCAAGUUCUGUUUUGUGGACGAUUUCAUUAAUAAAAUUGAGUGUUUUGUUUUCCCAACAGUAUGCAGAGCAGCUGAUCAGAUUGUAAUGUUUAUGUCUUUUUUACAAGGCUCCAAUGUUGUCACAUAUAAAGAAGAGCAAAAAUAGUUUACAUUUUGUUAAGAUGAAUGCUAGGCUAGCUUUUUGCUCCUGUUAUGAUAUAUGUGUAUUCGUAUCUGCAAGCUACAAUCAAUGGGGAGAAUAUAUAUAUAUAUAUAUGUGGAAAGAACUUAUGCUAGAAUAUGGAGUAAAAAAACCCACAAGAAAAGUAUGUUCAAAGUGCACUUAAUAUUAGUAUUUUCUAUGUGUGUUUUAAAUUUCUGGUGUCUCCAAAUAUCAAAGCAUCUAUUAACACCCAACUCACACCACUAAAUUUAUAAAUGUUGUCAAUUGGGUUUAUUGGAUUUGUACUGCUGUAAUGAAUACUCAGUGAAAGAGACCAAAAAGAAAUGCUUCUCUCUCUCUAGAGGGUGUCAGUGUUAUAUUCUUCAGCUUUUUUUUUAUAUUCAACAGUACAUGUUUCAGUGUUGUAUUAAAAUAAUCCAGUGUGUCAAUAAAACCACAUGUUAAACAGAUGUGUGUGUGAUUGUAAGUUAAA